CCUUUCUCUUCUCUCAUUUUCCUUCCCUUCCUUUCCUUUCCUUUCCUUUCUACAGCAACUUCUCCGUUAUUCAUUCCCCUUUUCCGUUUCUCUUCCCACAACACCCCUCAAUUCCUUACUUACCACCUUUUCUCCUUUUCGGCUUCCCAACGUUCUAAUCCAUGGCAGAAGAAGAAGCUAAGAAGGCCGAGCCCGAAUGCCCUGCCCCCGCCCCUCCCGCCGCCGAUCCUCCGGCAGCUGCCGCUCCUGCUGACGAACCACCAAAGGACGUGGCCGAGGAGAAAUCCGUAAUUCCGGCCACUCCUCCAUCGGAAGACAAGUCCGAUAAACCUGAUGACUCGAAGGCCAUCGUUCCCGUCGAGAAGGUGGCAGAAGCUGCAGUGGAAGAGGCAAAGCCUGCCGAGGGCUCUAUCAAUCGAGAUGCUGUGCUUGCCAGAGUUGAAACAGAGAAGCGGACUUCUCUCAUCAAAGCUUGGGAAGAGGCCGAGAAGAGCAAAGCUGAGAACAAAGCUCAGAAGAAGAUCUCUGCAAUAGAGUCAUGGGAGAACAGCAAGAAAGCGAACAUAGAGGCGGAGCUCAAGAAGCUAGAGGAACAACUGGAGAAGAAGAAAGCAGAGUACGCCGAGAAGAUGAAGAACAAGAUUGCAGAAAUCCACAAGCAAGCCGAGGAGAAGAGAGCUAUGACCGAAGCGAAACGAGGCGAAGAGCUGCUGAAAGCAGAGGAGAUUGCUGCAAAGUAUCGCGCCACAGGGACUACCCCAAAGAACCCACUUGGCUGCGGCUGUUUCUAA